GUUGCCCUUUUUCUGUAGGUAGGGCAAAGCCAAAAAAAAAAAAAAAAAAAGAUCGUGUGCAUCUGUUGUUGAUAGGAAAGUAGUAAAGCGAUGAGCAGCGGGGGCGGCGGAGGAGAAGCCGAAAAGGGGAAGGAGAAAAAAGAAGAAGAAGAAGAAGAAGAGAGGAAUUGGGCGGAGCUGCCUCAUGAUGUCCUGUCCGUAAUUUUCAAGAAGGCAGGGGCGGUUGAGAUUCUGAUGAACGCCCAGUUAGUCUGUCGUCCAUGGCGUAAUCUAUCCUUGGACCCUUCCAUCUGGAAGGUGGUGAAGACGAUGACAUGUCCAGGGGACGGCAAUGAUGUAGAAGGGAUGACAAAAGAGGCUGUGAUAGGAGCCAAGGCCAAUUGGAGGUCUCCCCUUGAAUACCUCGGCUCUGAUCAUCUCUUGUCCUACGUCGCUGACAGGACUAGUAACUUGAGGUGCCUCCGGCUAAUUUCAGCUUAUGGCAUUAGCGAUGAGGGGUUGUGUGAAGCAGUUGGUCAGUUGCCCCAGCUGGAGGAGCUUGACAUUACAUUUGGGUCAUACAGUGAAAGAGUAUGUGAGUAUGUUGGUAAAGCCUGCCCACAUCUUAAAUGCUUCCAUCUUAAUAAACAAGGAAACAGGUAUGAUCAAUUUGAGAGUGAUGAGGAGGCACUGGGAAUAGCGAACAACAUGCCUGAGUUGCGCCAGCUCCAACUAGUCGGAAACAAGCUCACUAACAAAGGGCUUUCAGAAAUUGUUGAUAGAUGCAUUCACCUUGAGCACCUCGAUCUCCGCUGUUGUUUCCGAGUGAAUCUGGACUCAGAUGCAAAUCUUAAAGCAAAAUGUGCGAGAAUUAAAGAGCUGAGACUUCCGUAUGAUUCCACUCAUGAUUAUGGGUUUAUGGCUGAGUGCGAGUGGGAUGGGUAUUUUGAUGGUGAAGACGACUACUAUCCGUCUGGCUAUUCUGAUAUUGAACUGAUGUAUGAUGAUUUGUUCCUGGACUAUUCUGACAUUAGCGAAGAUGGCUAUGACAUCUUUUAAGCAACAUGAUUCUUUGUUGCCUAGAAACUUGCAAGUGCCUGUCUGCGAAUUCUGCUGAACUAAGUUAUGACAGGAUUCUGGUAUGGUUUUGUUGUACGUAUCUACAGUUGUGUUUACUGUGGAUUGGGGUUCUGAGGGACCUGUUUCUUGUGUAAGACCCUCGCGCUGAAUGCAUUUGCAGCAAAAUGUUUAGUGAAAAACCAACUCGGCAUUUUUUAAUCUCGCAAA